CAGAUCAGAGCAGCACGUAACGUGUCUGUUAAUUAAUGAUCGGAACUUUCAUAGAGGUCAGAGUAUAUUUACCUGCAGUGUAUUUUACAGCACCGCAUUUGACAGCCGGAUUGAGGAAGCUCAAAAUGAACGAAAGCAACAGUGUCCAGAUGCAAAUUGUGACCGACGCCAAAGGAAAUGGCGUGGACAACCAGGCUUUUGAAAGAGAGGAGGGCAACAUUACUGAUACUGACAGCUUCACAAGGCAGCCUAAAAAGACUAAAAAGGGACUGGGAUCAUAUCUAAGCGUAGUGUCCAAGCCAAUUGAUGUCACAGAGGAUUACAUCAAGUCUCACUCAAAAACCUUCAAAUGCAUUGCGCUGGGGGUACUUGGAGCAGGUUACGUGGCAUACUUCAUCGCAGCCUGUGUAUUGAAUUUCGAGAGGGCCAUCGCUCUUGUAGUCUUAACCAGUCUGGCUGUUGUUGUUAAAUCAUGUGAACUUUUGAAGCAGUAUAAGGGAAAAAGCAUCAGUCAGUGUUUAAGACCCGCAGUCAGAUGCUUUAAAUCAAACCUGAAAUGGAUAAAAUGGGUUUUCAUCUUAGCAGUUGUGGCCCUGCUUGUGGCGUGGCUUGUCUUGGACACAAGCAAGCGACCUGAGCAGCUUAUAUCAUUUGGAGGUGUGUGCAUGUUCGUCGUGCUUGAAUUCCUCUUCUCAGCACACAGGACAGCGGUAUCAUGGAGGCCUGUGUUUUGGGGUCUCGGAUUGCAGUUCUGUAUUGGCCUUUUUGUCAUAAGAACACAGCCUGGACUCAUAGCUUUCGAAUGGCUUGGAAAACAAGUGCAGAUCUUCCUCGACUAUACCAAAGCUGGGUCACAGUUUGUUUUUGGGGAUCUGAUCGCAGACAUCUUUGCCUUUCAAGCUUUGCCCAUCGUUGUGUUCUUCAGCAGCGUGAUGUCGAUCCUGUACUUCUUGGGGAUAAUGCAGUGGCUCAUAUUGAAGAUCUCAUGGGUAAUGCAGAUAACGAUGGGAACCUCUCCCACAGAGACCUUGAGUGUGGCAGGCAAUAUAUUUGUUGGGCAGACUGAAGCACCGCUGCUGAUCCGCCCCUAUUUGGAGGACAUGACCAAAUCUGAGAUCCAUGCGGUUAUGACUGGCGGAUUUGCCACAAUUGCAGGCAGUGUCAUGGGGGCAUUCAUCUCAUUUGGGAUUGAUGCAUCCUCCUUGAUAUCAGCCUCUGUGAUGGCUGCUCCUUGUGCUUUGGCCAUCUCCAAGCUGUCUUAUCCAGAGACGGAGGAGAGUCCCUUCAACUCAGGGAAGAAUAUUAAAGUGGCUUCUGGAGAUGAACAGAACAUUCUGGAGGCUGCUAGCAAUGGAGCAGCUGCUUCAGUAGGUCUUGUUGCUAACAUUGCAGCAAACUUGAUAGCCUUUCUUGCCAUCCUCGCGUUCGUAAAUCAAGCUUUGAGUUGGCUCGGAGGUAUGGUGGGAUAUCCUGCACUCACAUUUCAGUUAAUUUGCUCUUACAUGUUUAUGCCUUUGGCCUUCAUGAUGGGGAUACCAUAUGAUGAGAGUUUCAUUGUGGCUAAACUAAUUGGCACAAAGCUCUUCCUCAAUGAGUUUGUGGCUUAUGAGAAAUUAUCGGAACUGAAGGACAACAGGCUCCAAGGACUUGAUGAGGUUGUUGGAGGUGAAAGACAAUGGAUAUCUGUCCGAUCAGAAAUAAUCACCACUUAUGCUCUUUGUGGAUUCGCAAACUUUAGCUCACUGGGUAUUGUUAUCGGUGGCCUAUCCUCUAUAUGCCCAUCAAGAAGACGUGAUGUCUCGUCUAUAGUGCUGAGGGCUAUGAUCACUGGAACUUGUGUAUCUCUUGUCAAUGCCUGCAUUGCAGGGAUCCUCUUUGUUCCUCCAUUGGACUGUGUGGAGCUCUUCAAAGGGUCUGCUUUUAGUGCCACAGAUGGAAACGUUCAAACUUGCUGUCAAGACCUCUUUCAAAGCACUGUAAACAACGGGACCAUCUCAUUCGAAGGCUCUUGGAGCAAAGUAGUAAAUGUCACUAUGUUUUUCUCUAAAUGUUGUCAGUGUUGUGGUCUUCCUGAUGUGGCAGUUUGUAAGUAGAGGAGAAAAACACAUAGCAGUGUCUGUUGUCUUUUAUUGUACUGUAGUUAAUUGACAUGUCCUCCAUGUUUGUAUAUUUGUGUCACUGUUAAUGUAAAAACGUAAAGCCUCUAUGCAUAUCUUUUCAAACUGAAUGUAUCCUCCAUGUUUUAUUUUGUAAAUUAAUUCAUUCAGUAAAUUAAUUUAUUUACAGCCAAGGAUUAAAAGGACAUACCUUAAGAAAUGUACCUCAGGAAAUGUUCAGGGAUCAACUGUUUGAUGAAUGUAAAUAUUUCAAAUAAAGUUGAGUGACUCAGUUA